AUUUGUUAAACUCUCUAUUCUGUUGAGAAAAGGUCAGACUGAACGCUUAAAUGUGAAAAUAAUUCAUCAAAAUCGGUUUUAUUGCAUGAUCCAAUUACAAAAUUAAUACAUACUACAUGUAAAUUUUAAAUUUGUUUUCCAGUAAUUGCUAUAAUCUAAUAAAUGUGCAAGAAUGAUCAGAAGAAAUUGAAUUGUCAAUUCGAUUGAAUCACUCUACAGUUUUUGUUUAUAUUCAUCUAACCAAUCAAAUUGUGAUAUCAUGAUAAUCAUCAGUGAAGACUCUUCACUGAAUACGCUAUAAAAGUAUUAGACUCAAUAUUAAACAAUUUGAUUGAAUGAUGAAUCUUUAUAGUAAAUAUUCCUAAAAUUGUUUUGACUGUUGAGUAAAUCAGUAGACCAGAAAGAAAAAAUUGCUUAUUCAAGAACUGGUAAGGAUAAGUCAAGUGUAUCAUCAGUGAGAGAUAAAGAUACAAUAGGCAGCUCGCUUGUCUCAAAAUCAUUCAUUUCAUGUUGUAUCCACUAUUUAUUGUCAUAACUUAUCAAUUCUUACAGUAAUAACGUAAUUUAACAUCUGAUUAAAUUAAAAUAGUGAUUAACAAAAUAUUUUGAUAUGUGAUAUUUGAUAUUCCGAAAAAACAAUGACUUAUUACUCAAUGUUAGGUAUCUAACAACGGACAAUUUAUUUUAUUUGUUAUUGUUUCGUCUGAUGCCAGCUUUUAACCAUUUCUUAGAAUUAUUUUAAUCAUCAAGUUACUUCCAUCAUGUGAAAUGAAAUUAAUCAUAGUAACCAUCAUUAGUUUACUGGUACCAUUCAUCGGAAUCUCCAUUGUCUAUGUUAACCCUUGCUUCAAAGAUCAAAGUAUUGAGCUAAUUUUUUUCGUUUUCAAGACGGUUUACCAUUGGAUUCAAAUUUCUUAUUCUGGAUAUAAGUCUGUUGAAAUCACAAUUAGCAGCUGUUUAAAUGAUGAAGAAGUACUGUUGAGCAAAGAAGAGCUGGCUCAGUUCACGGGUGACAAAGACUCUAAAAUUUACCUUGCUUUUCUUGGUGUUGUCUAUGACGUGUCUGAUGGAUCCAAACAUUACAAACCAGGUGGAACUUAUUCAUUGGUCACCGGUAAAGAUGCAACUCGUGCUUUCGUUACUGGACAGUUUACUGAAAAAGAUUUAACCGAUGAUGUGACUGAUUUGAGUAUUGAUUAUUUCUCAAAUAUUCGUCAAUGGGAAAAUUUUUAUAAAAAUGGUUAUAAAAAAAUUGGGCAUUUGAUUGGAACUUAUUAUGAUGAAUUAGGUUGUCCUACAAAGGCAGUCGACUAUGUGCAAUCUAUGUAUACAAAACUAUGAAUAAAAUCCAAAGCUAUGGCGACUGAUCAAUUUGGUCUUUAUAACAAACGCGAACAAAUUGUCAACGAGAAUUGGAGAUUUCUCAAAUAAUUGUUAAUUUCCUUAAUAAUAAUACUCAAUGAAAUGCAAUCUGCAAUCUAAAUUUUAUUUUGCAACCAAGUUAUGAUAAUACAUGUGUAUUGUUUACAAAAUAAAACCUAAAUAAUUUAUUGA